GUGCGUCGCGGAAGAGACGGAAGACCAGCGUGCCAAGCGUAUGGCAGCUCUCAAGGUCAAAGACGAGCUGAAGAAAAAGAGAGUUGAGGAAAAAGUGGCAUGGUAUUGCGAGCAAAAGGCCGCGAGGGCCACGGAGGACAGCAACAAGCGGAGGAACUUCAGCACAGCAGUCGGUGUGGUAGAAGAGAAGAAGGAGACGAGCAGCCUCGAAGACGACAUUAUGACCUUCAAGAACGCCAACCCCCAGAAGGAGGCUGAGGUGCUGUGGAACAAGAAGCUGAAGGACCCCAACACCAAGACAAUCAUGCGGAGGGGCGAGGUCUGCAUCCACGAGUUCGCCGGCGUUGAAGUCCGGGCCCGGGGGAUGCACGGCAUGAGCAGCACCUUGCGGCAGCGGGCCGACAUCCAGACCCAGUCUGAUUUGCAGCAGUACGAAGAAGACCGGGAGUCGAGGGUGGAGCGAGCCAGGCAGCGUUUGGAGGUCGAGAGGACGGCCAACCUUGAAAGCGGCCCGGGUGCUGAGGAGAAGCUCAUCCCAUUGCUCACUGUGAGCAAAGAUCUCGGAGAGAUCAGAGAACAGGAGGAGCAGCGGGAUGAGAUGUUGUAUCAGCAAGCCACUGCACUCCAACAGGCCAAGAAGCAAGAGCAAGCCGAGAAGAAACGAAAGGCCGAGGAGGAGGGCCUCAGCCUUCCGAUCGAGAUGCUGGCCUACAAAGCUUCUGUGCAAAAGGCACAACGAAGCAUGAUGGACAGCCUCCUGAAGGGCCAGACUGUCUUGGCAGGUCUGGAGCAGGAGUGCGAGAAGAUCACCACGGGCGAGGGCGAAGCCUUGAAACAGGAGGGCAAGGCAAAGUUGGAUCAA